AUGGCGAAGGUCGUAUCUUACGCUACUGCUAAAGCAAACCAGCUGGCUGUUCUUGCACGGCCAAAGCUGGAAACCGCCUGGAGAUACUCAAAAGUUGAACUACGUCCACCCACUUUCAGUGAAUUUCCAGAAGUUGGUCGUGGGAUUGGAAGGUUGAUAACUUCGCCAGCACGUUUGACAAAACUCACUGUUAAAGAGGCAUGGCUGAAUACAUUAGUUGGUGCCGAGAUUCUCUUCUGGUUUUAUGCUGGUGAAUGCAUUGGCAAGCGCAGCGUUGUGGGAUAUGAUAUCCCUGGAGCUGUUAACUGGGAACUGCACUUUUAA